AUGAAUAUCGUACCCAUGCUAAGGUCUACAAGACGUAGGAUGCUAGAAUUACGGCAUUUGCGGCUUUACGCUACUAUAAAUUCGGCACAGGAACCAUUCUAUGACGACUUGUGGCCCAAAACAAGUCGCCCAACACCGUACGAGGUUCUGGGAUUGCCAGCAGGUCAACUGGAUCAUAAAAUGCUGAAAAAACGGUAUUUUGCCAUGGCCAAAUUAUAUCACCCCGAUAUCGCCGGUAACAUCACAAUUCUUAGGACCAAGAAACAGCAUCAUUUUGCUGAGUUGAGCGAUCAGAGCAUUCUUUCUGCAAUCGACAAACAACGCAGGUUCCAGAUGGUAAGCGAAGCUUACGAGCUUUUGAGAGAUUCACGCAAGAAAAGCACUUAUGACAGAUUCCGGUCCGGAUGGACCCAUGGACCCAUUGCACGUACGCCCGCGUACGCGGCCGCUGCGGGUCACGGAUAUCAGGAACACUAUCGAUAUCAGUACUGGAAUGCGGGGACUUGGGAAGAUGCCAACAAUCUAGGCAAAAACGAUGAGAAACACAUUUCGCCCUGGGCCGUGAUAGCGUGGAUGGUGGGACUUUUCAUCUGUGCCGAAUGUACAGCUCUUUUAACAAGGAUCGAAGAUUCACUAACGAGGGUCAGUUUCACACACGACGAAACCGAAAGAGACCUGACGCAAGCUCAAAUUAAUUAUGGUCUCGACACCGACAAAUGGUCCCGUUUAAGACGGUUUUUAUGGUUCCGAACUUACGGUUUAUACAGGACCAAAUCAGAUCUCGACAGGGAGGCUCAAAAGAACGAGGAGCUUGUUGAAAAAUUGAAAAGAAAGGAAGAGUGA